AUGUCUAAUAAUCAACACGAUCCUUCCACAAGCAACAUUGAAAAUCAAACCAAAGACCCACUCCAACAUGAAGUUGCAUCAACACAACAACCCAGUGUGAGCACGAGUUUAAACUCUCAAAGAAGAGAAACAGAACAGUUGGAAGUCAUGCAAUUCUUAGAGAUGGAAGAUGUCCUCUCAAAGAUGGAUAAACAAAUAGAAUUCAACCACUCAACUCUACCUCAGCAGCAACAGCAAACAUUUAACAACACUUCAUCGCAAAAUAAUUCACACAGACAUAGUAAAACAGUUCAACAACAAGAAAACCAAACAACAAUACCCAUUCAGAAAGUAAUCCAAUCCAAGACAGAGGAUACUUGCUAUCAACAUGUUGCUUCAUUACUGGUCAACUUGAACGAUAUCAAAGUUAGUUUUGAUAUCAUGCUAGGCAGUUCACUUUCAAAACAACGAUUACUUUCUGAGGUUAACAGUACAAUGAAAGUGGUGAGCAAAGAAUUGGAUGCUCUGAUAUUGGACAUUCCAUCGUACAAUAAGGUCAAUAACUUAUCUAGAGAAUCAAUCAUACCAAUGCUGAGGAAGAAUUUCAAUGAUUUUCAAACUGUUCAAACCAUAAUGUUCAAUAAUGUUGUGAAUAAUGUUAAAGAUUUCAACUUUUACAAGUUCAAUUACCUUACUCAACUGCAAAUACUUGUUAAUAGCUUGGGAGAUCCAUUAAUUAUUGCUGAUAGAGCUGCGUAUAAUGAAGAUGUGUACAUGAAUUAUAGUGCCGGUGUUAAUUUAAUUCUAGUUUCGAUUACAUUACUAAUCAUUGUUCCAGUAAUGGUAAUUGUUUUAAUUAUUACUAUUGGAAGAGAUAAUUUAUUUAUGGAUAAGUUGAAAAAAGCAGAUGCACAUGUUAUUAUAGAGGUAAUGGAAGAUGAUCGCUUACAUAUUUUAUUUAAGGAAUUCUGCAAACUAAAUAAUCAAUAUUCUAAAGUUCUAUUUUUGGAGAAGGUAAUGUUGUACAAGGAACAAUGUGAGAAAGUUUAUGAUUUGCAUGAUCAAAUCGAAUCUCUAUCAGAUGUUUCAGGAGGUGAAGCUAGUAAAAGUCUCAGCCAUGAGGUUGACAUUUUGGAAGCAAAGAAAUUCGAAUUGGCAUUCGAAAUCAUAACUGAAUUCCUUGAUAAUGACAGUGAAUCAUUCUUGGGAGUGAAAUUACUAGGUGGUAAAAGAGAUAUUGAAAAAGUUAAAAAGACUUUUGAUGAAAAAUCAAUGAAUUUACCAGACAAACUUUUCAAAUCACUCCAAACUAAUGUCGCAGUUUACUUGUUACAAACCCACAAACUAUUCCAAGCUCAACAACGGAGAAAUAGAGAAGAACGUAAAAAGAAUCGUCUGCUAAAACUUCAAAAACACAAAUAA